UUUGUCCCGAAAGCCCAAAUCCAAACCAUCCGGCGCGUUUCCUACAGAUAUACCAAUCAUUUUUCUCUCCCACGUCAACCUUUACACCUCCUUUGGUGCAACCUCCUCUCCUCUCCUCUCUUUCUUUAUCUCUCUUACUACUCAUUGCCACCAUGCAGGCCUUCCGCCGUAGCACUGCCUCUGCCCUUCGGAAUGCUGCCGCUGUGCAGCGACGGGGAUAUGCUAAUGCCCCGGCCUACGCUGAGACUAUUAACAACCUUCGCAUAAAUGCGGACACAAAGGUUAUUUUCCAGGGAUUCACCGGCAAGCAGGGAACUUUCCACGCUGAACAAGCCAUUGCCUACGGUACUAAGGUUGUUGGUGGCACCAACCCCAAGAAGGCCGGCUCGACACACCUUGACAGACCAGUCUUCGCAAAUGUGCGCGAUGCCGUGCAGGAAACUGGAGCUACUGCUUCUGCUAUCUUCGUCCCCCCCCCACUUGCUGCUAAGGGUAUUGAGGAGGCAAUUGAAGCUGAGGUUCCUUUGGCUGUCUGUAUCACCGAGGGUAUUCCUCAGCACGACAUGGUUCGUAUCACCGACAUUCUGAAGACGCAGAACAAGACUCGUCUGGUCGGACCUAACUGCCCCGGUAUCAUUGCGCCCGGCCAAUGCAAGAUUGGUAUCAUGCCUGGAUUCAUCCACAAGCGUGGCCGGGUCGGUAUUGUUUCCCGUUCGGGCACCCUGACGUAUGAGGCCGUCAACCAAACUACCCAGGCUGGACUCGGUCAGUCUCUCGUUGUCGGUAUCGGUGGUGACCCUUUCUCCGGCACCAACUUUAUUGACUGCCUCAAGAUCUUCCUUGAGGAUGAGGAGACUGAUGGUAUUAUCAUGAUCGGUGAGAUCGGUGGUAGCGCUGAGGAGGAUGCCGCCGAGUUCUUCAAGGCCAACAACAAGCACAACAAGCCCGCAGUUGGGUUCAUUGCCGGUAUCAGCGCUCCCCCGGGCCGUCGUAUGGGUCACGCCGGUGCCAUCGUCAGUGGUGGCAAGGGCGGUGCCGACUCGAAGAUCUCUGCUCUUGAAGCUGCCGGUGUCAUUGUUGAGAGAAGCCCCGCUUCUCUUGGCAAGACUCUGCUCGACGAGUUCGUGAAGAGGGAUCUGGUCUAAUUAAGUGAGCAUGGGAUGUGAGUGCGUGGGUGUGUGUGUGAUUGAAUUUCACCGUGUGAUUGAUAUGCGCGAUGUGCUCAUUGUAGGGCGUGCGCCACGGCUGAAGUCUAUAUUCUAAAUCUGCUAGAUGAUCUUCUCUUGGCCACUCCUGUACUUUUCCUAUUUCUAUUUCCUCCUUUUUUAGAGAUGCUAGGGAGUAAUUAGUUUCCUCAUGUAAAUUUUCUUUUCCUUUUGUUUUGCCCUCCGUGUCUCUCUUUCUCUUGCGUGUCGACUUCAAUAUUGUAGACCGUAUUCUAUUGAAGCAAAUAAUCAAUAUUUGCCAUUAUCUGAAUCCAGAGAUUGGUA